CAGUAUGUGCGCAGGAAGUCUCCCUCCUGCAGACUACGUUUCCCAUAAUUCUGUGCUGCCUCUGGAAGUCUUUGCUCGUGUUGAGUCUCCCUUAGCUGCGUGUUUUCCUAAUAAACAUGGAGGUGACAGCAGCACGGCGCUCGUUUCUUUGCGAUAUCGGCUUCUGGGCAGACCGGACCACUCUGCAUGAAGCAGCAUCCCACGGCAGGGCUCUACAGUUGAAGCAGCUGGUAGAAAGUGGAGCUUCUGUCAACAUGGUGACCGUGGACAACAUCACUCCACUACAUGAAGCCUGCAUACAGGCUCACCCUAACUGUGCCCGGCUGCUGCUGGAGGCUGGAGCCCAGGUGGAUGUUCGCACCAUCCAUGGCAGCACUCCUCUGUGUCACGCCUGUGCUUCUGGCAGCCUAGAGUGUGCCAAGCUGCUGCUGAAAUACGGAGCCAAAGUGAACCCGUCGCUCACAGCUCUCACUGCGUCGCCACUCCACGAAGCCUGCAUACAAGGUAAUCCUGAAGUCGUGAGGCUGAUGAUAGCCAGCGGUGCCAAGCUGGAGGCGUUCGAUGUCCACUUUGGUCCUCCCCUUCACAUAGCAUGUGCUAAAGGCAAUGUGGAUUGUGUCAAGGAGCUGCUCAGUGCAGGUGCCAACGUGAAUUCAGUGAAGUUCCAUGAGACAGCUCUGCACCAUGCUGCUCGGGUUCAUAUGGUGGAGAUGAUCGAGCUCUUGGUGGAGUUUGGAGCGAACGUGUACGCCAGCGACAACCUGGGAAGAAAGCCUGUAGACUACACAACCGCUGCGACUCCCUCUUACACCUGCCUCUGUUUUUAUGAAAGUAAUCCUCUGAGCCUGCAGCAGCUGUGUAGGAUUUCUGUGAGGAUGAUUCUGGGUAGCAGAGCUCCAGAGGUCAUAGGACAGCUGGGUCUAUCUCACCGCAUCCACAGCUACCUUCAGUACUGGGAUCAUCCCACAUCACUACAGACUGACACAUGAAUGGUCUUAAAUAAGAAAUGUCUUAAAAGAAGCGUCAUGGACAUCACAUCUACUUAAAUACUUACUGUCCAGAAGUCUUGGCCCACGGCUAAGUUUGUUGUUUUAGCAAAGUUGUAAUGCGACUACAUUGUUUUUUCUUUGUCUUUGAAUCAAAAAUUGUCUGUACCUUUCAGCAUUCAUGAUUCCAUUCAUUUUGACAAUAUCCCCAAUACUGACAGAAUUGCAGCCUAAAACUAUGACACCCUCCAUCGGGUUUCACCAAAGCCUGAGAACACUCUUUCUUGUACGUCUCUAACUCCACUUCUCACUUAUUGUCAGCGGACCCGAACAUUUCAAACUUGGCGGCAUCUUUCCAGAGGACAGUUUUCUGUUGGUCUUGGGUCUAGUCUUUGAAUGUGUUUGCAUAUUUCAGCCUUUUAGCCUCGUUUUCCACCUGACAGGUGGUUUUUUGGUUUCUUCUUUGCUACUGUUCCACAGAGGCCAUUCCUGAUCAAACUUCUCUGUCGUUGCACGGUCAUACUUUUGUACACUAGCACAAUGAAAUUUGCAUGGACAGCAGAAGGACCAACUUGGCAUCCAUAUAAAGCUGCCAGAAGCUGAGAGGUUUUUUGCUAGACGCCUUCUGGUCUCUCAAAGAAUAAACGUCUCCUCAGACACUAACCGUUCACUUCACUUUACACUACCUUUUUGUCUUUGGCCUCUCCGGGUUCCUCAUAACAGCCUGAAUACCUUAUCUUGAGUAUCCUUUCUUUUUAUGAUUUAGUUUGAGAGGGGCAAAAUUCUGACUUUAUGUUUAGUUUUUUUGUCUUUGGCAUUUUGAAUAGAAUGAUAUAAUUGAGACAUCUUAUAUAUCAAGGAAGCUUCCAAUAAGUUAAAAUCGAACUAUAUGUAGCUACUCCGGUCUGAUAUAAUGAGGGCCACACAUCUUACAGAUGUCUUUUAACAAUUAUAUUUCUCCUCAAUCAGCUGAUGCCGUGAAAACUAUGAAAAUAAAGGACAUAUAAACAUUUCAGAUA